AUGAGUUGGGGGGAUAAAAGCGCCACAAUAACCCAAGUGGUUCCUGUUGUCCUUGACAUCAACAGCCAUCUCAGCAAGUGGAAGGAUGAUGCAAGGGUCUGUAAGACACUUGUCACAGCUCUUCACAAAUCGCUGAAGAAGCGAUUUAGAGGGAUCUUCAUCAACUGUGGCAUGGACACCGAACCAGGCAGUGGGAGUCAUCAAGAGCCAUUCAUUGAAAAGAUUUAUCUUGUAGGUGCUGUCUUGGAUCCUCAGUACAUGCUGCACUGGGUAGAUGCGGAUGUGGUGUUCACCGGAAGCCCAGAAAAAUCCAAAAACAAGCUGAAGGAUACUCUGAAAGAGAUGGUCAUAACUGAGGCAGAGAGGUUUGUAUCCAAUGCAGAAGAAGCUGCAUCCCUCAGCCACACCAGUAGUGAGGAGGAAGACAUCCCUGCAAAGGUGCCCCGUUUGUUGGCCAAAUACAAGACAAUCAGGAGUCGCACAAAGAGUGGGGAGAAGGACAGCGUAAGAAUUCAGCUCGAGAAAUACAUUCGGGAUGAAGAGCGACAUGGACUGGAUGCUGUUACGUUUUGGCAGGACAGUGGUGAAGGAAAAAAUAAGUACCCAUCACUGCAUGCUCUUGCCAAGAACAUUCUGUGUGUGCCAGCCAGCAGUGCUCCAGUAGAGCGCAUUUUUAGCAGAGGGGGGCUAAUAAUGAGACCCCAUCGGGCAAGGCUAACCCCACAGAUGCUGGAAACCCUAAUGUUCCUAAAAUGCAAUGAACAUGUACUUUGAGGACUGUAAGAUGCAUCAUGAUAAGCCAGAAAGCCAAAACAGCCAGAUUUCACUCUUGCUUUCUUGUUUAAUAAAAUCAUUUUAACCAUCACCUUCGUGUAAACUUGUGUGGUUUUUUUUUACAUGUGUGUGUACAUAA